AUGGAUGUUGGUCUGAGACUUCUUCCCCAAAUUACCAGCUCAAAGAGCACAUCAAAUGUGCUCCUGAAAUCUGCAAUGAGAAGGCCAAAUCAACCCAUCCCUCAAGACUUCUGCUACCUCAAAAAUUGCAAUCUAUGCCACAAGAAGUUCAGGCCAGACAAAGAUAUCUACAUGUACAGGGGAGAUCAAGGUUUCUGCAGUAUUGAAUGUCGCGAUAGACAAAUAGCCAUGGAUGAGAUGAAAGAGAAAGAAAGCUCAAGCAAGCAAAUGGUAUCAUCUUAUAAACAAUCUUAUAAGCAAUGUUACAGUGAGGCACGUAAAGAGACUCGCCAUAUCCUUCAGGACCUUAGAAUGCAGAGGCUCAAGUCUAGACCAACCAAACAUCUUGUAUGA